AUGACUUUUAGAUGCCAAAUGAAUGAUAUCGUUUAUUUUAAUGAAAGUAAUUAUAUCGAAGGAAAUGUAACUUUACCCAGUUGUACAGGCCAGGGUCUCUUAUGCUCAUCUUUAUACAACAGACGCCACGUGGUAGCGUGUCUUGCAACAAUUGGUAAUGUUAUUAUUAUUCCUUUCAUAUUGUAUUUAAUAUUUAUGAAAGUGAAAGAUGGAUUUUUCAAAUAUUUCACACUGAAUUUAAUGAUUGUUUGCGUAACAUCGGCUAUUGCUGCUUCUAUAAUUGAUGCAAUUAAUGUUGCAAAACUAUUUAUUUCCAUUACAGAAAGCAAAUUACAUUUAUUUGAGAUUCGAGAAUGGAUGCGGUUUUAUGUCAAAUUAGGAAGCAUUUGGUUUCAUGCCUUAACACUCUAUGCAGUCAUAAUUUGUUAUUUACCUUACGUGAAACCCUUUUUUUAUACAAAGAAAUUUACCAAUAGGAGUCAAAAACCAUACUACGUUGCAUUACAUACUUCAGUCCUUAUUUGGAGUACUUCUGUAACUUAUCUAUUUACAGAGUCCAUAUAUCGUAUACCUUAUUUUCUAACACAUAUCACAUUGUUUAUUUCAUUAUUCAUUGCUGCUCUAAUAGGAUCGUUUAAAAUAAGUAAGUAUAAACCACUCGGUGUUGACUCUAUUCGAGUUGCAAAAGCGCAACAGAAGCGUUUAUAUUCAUUCAUUUUAUAUAGUUAUUCCAUUGAAUUCAUCACUUUGCCUAUGUUUGUUAACGCAUGCGCAAAUGUUAUCUGUAUAUCUGCUGGUUGCGAAAGCGAUUUUGUUGAUAGUUAUUUCAAAAAAACACUUCAUUUAAUUAUAUACUACUCUUAUGAGAUACGAUCGAUCGCUAUUAUCACCAUUACUAUUCUUGCCCUUGAGCCAUAUCGCCAUGCAACUUUUUCAUUAUUUAGUAGAAGGAAAUGGACUUCGGAAGUGAAGUCAAUUCAAACGGCCAAGUGGGUGACUGAUGGAUGUGUUUAA